AUGCACUCCAGAUUCCACGCCCAAAAGCCGGCCGAUGCUUUCGAGCCACUAGAUGAGGAUAUUUUGGGUAUAUUUGGCGAGGCACCUAAAGAAGAGGUGGCCCUUGGUAAGCCUAUUCAUCGCGAUAUUGCUAGCAGAUGGAACGAUAUACUGGCAAAAGGCUUAACAAAGGAAAUCAAAAAUAACCUUAUUCAAGGUCACCUCACUCCUAGUAAUUGCGAACUUUUAAUAGCACCAGCUCUCAACCAGGAGGUAAAAGCAGCUCUGCCGGAGGGACUGGUAAAGAGAGAUAUGGCUAUAUUGCAAAGGCAAAAGGACGUUGGGGUAGCUAUUUCUGCAUUAGCUACAGCAACAGAAUUGGUUAUUUCCAACGUCAAUGCGGAGUCCAAACAAAGCAUUUUAAAACCAAUAAGUGAUGCAUGUCGUAUUUUAUGCGACAUACAUCACUCGCAAACCAGACUAAGACGAAAUUACGUCAUAAAUUCUAUUAAUACUGAACUGAAGGAAACAUUGCUGGAAACGUCCCGAGACAAAUAUUUGUUUGGAGAAAACCUGACAGAUAAAUUAAAAACUGCAAAAACCAUACAACGGUCUGGUGAAACAUUAAAAAAUAACAAUAAAACAAUUUUCAAUAAGAACAAUUUCAGAUUAAGAAACAAAAACAAUUUAAACUCCAAGCCUCAACACCGCAAGACAUUGGACAAGACAUCCACCACCAGUUGGAGAACCCCGUCAUCGUCGCAGGGAGCACCGCGAGGCAGCACUCGCAGGACGACGACGGACCGCUACGCGGAUCGCAACACGGAUCGCUCGCGCUCUUCGAGAAACCAGCGGAAGAGAUAA